AGGAGCCAAACUCUCACUCCAGACAUAGCUAACAGAGCUUCUUCUAAAAUACAAGAAAAUGCCGGUCGCCAGAAUUGCAGUUGGGAAUCCAGGAGAAGCCAGCCAGCCAGACGCUAUCAGGGCGGCUCUGGCGGAGUUCUUCUCUAUGAUUAUUUUCGUAUUCGCCGGUGAAGGAUCCGGCAUGGCUUUCAGUAAGUUAACGAACAAUGGGUCGACAACGCCGGCAGGUUUAAUAGCUGCAUCCCUGGCUCAUGCAUUUGCACUUUUUGUGGCGGUUUCGGUUGGUGCUAACAUCUCUGGGGGCCAUGUAAAUCCUGCUGUCACUUUUGGUGCAUUUAUUGGAGGAAACAUCACUCUUUUGAGAGGGAUUUUGUACUGGAUUGCUCAGUUGCUUGGAUCUGUUGUUGCUUGCUUGCUCCUUAAAUUCGCCACUGGUGGAUUGGAAACAUCAGCAUUUGCGUUAUCAUCUGGGGUGUCUUCAUGGAACGCGGUUGUGUUUGAGAUAGUGAUGACCUUCGGCCUAGUCUACACUGUGUAUGCCACUGCAGUGGAUCCCAAGAAAGGGAACGUGGGAACUGUUGCCCCUAUUGCAAUUGGUUUCAUUGUUGGUGCCAACAUUUUGGCUGGUGGUGCUUUUGAUGGUGCAUCCAUGAACCCAGCAGUUUCCUUUGGCCCUGCUGUUGUAAGCUGGACAUGGACUAGUCACUGGGUCUAUUGGGUGGGUCCACUGAUUGGUGCUGCCAUUGCAGCCAUUGUCUAUGAUAACAUCUUCAUUGGAAAAAAUGCACAUGAGCCACUUUCCACAAAUGAUUUUUAAGAUUUUGAAAUUAAAUGCCUCCCCUUUUUCCUUUAGAUCACUGAGGAGCAAUAAAAAGUUUGGAUUUUUCUUGUAGCUUGGUUGUAUUAGCCUAUUAGGUAUUUACUGUUGUUGUUCCUGCUUAUUUUAUAGCAGUGGAUAUUAGACUUUCUUUAGUUGUCUUUUACACGUCGAAUCAAUGAAGCUGUUCUGUUUAUGAA